AUGUCAUUCUCCAGUCGACGUCGAAACUACCUGUUGACACCCCAUCGUCGAGAUGGUCUCAUCGAAUGGAUGAAGAGUAUGCUGAUGCACAGCUUUGUGCUAGAUGCUCUGGAAACGAGUGGGGGUGACACUUUUUCUCACUUUGAACUAUUGAUUGACGAACAUAGACGAUUGGAAGCCGAGGGCAACGGAAGACCAUCACGUUUGAAGCAACUGGUACCUACCGUUGGCACCUUUCACACCCGAUUGCCAUUGCGUCAAGCAUUUGAAGUCUAUAAUGAGAAAUACAAACUGACCAAACGAAAGCACAUUCAGAUUUCCUUCAAUGAGAUUCGUCACAUCAUGAAUCUGGCUCAGGUGAUGGCAAUGAGAAAAGUGUGUGAACUAAAAGACGUUUCAACGGACGGGGAUGCACAGGUGAAAGAUGAUGCAGAAACAACCGAUUGCAAUGAUUCCGUCGAAGAGUUUAAUGGGCCAAAGAUGAUCACCUUCGAUGGAGAUCAAACACUCUAUACUGACGGUUCCAACUUUGAUAGCAAUCCUCGAUUGGCAAACUACCUCUAUGAGCUAGUGCACUCUGGUGUCACGGUGGCUGUUGUGACUGCAGCUGGCUAUGAGUACAAAGCUGAAAAAUAUGAAUUUCGAUUGUCCGGUUUGCUAAACUACUUCAAAUCAAAGAAUUUGACCGAUGACGAGUGCCACCGCUUCUACUUGUUUGGCGGCGAGUGCAAUUAUCUAUUGCGCCUUGGAAAUGAUUUCAGACUCCAUCCCGUCAGAGAAGCAGGACCUGGUGGUUGGGUCACAGGAACAAAGUAUAUUCCUGACACCCCAGGGAAUUGGUCGGAAGAGGAGAUAAAAGCGCUCUUGGAUGCAUCCGAAAUUGCUGUAGCAGAGAGCAUGAACGACCAAAAUCUGAAAGGGAUAGUGAUUCGAAAAAAGCGUUCCAUUGGACUAGCCCCACAGCCAGGACACGUAAUUCCACGAGAGGCUCUUGACGAAACUGUUUUGCGGUGUCAGUCGAAACUAUCCAAGAUGAACCAAGGUAGCGGAAGCAAUCUGCCUUUCUGUGCCUUUAAUGGGGGUCGUGACGUUUGGGUUGAUGUAGGUAACAAGAAGGUCGGAGUGCAAGUCCUAGGAGCAUACUUGGGAGUUGAUGCGUCGGAUAUUCUUCACAUUGGUGACCAAUUCUUGAACACAGGUAACGACUACGCUGCUCGCUCUGUCUGUCCAUGCAUAUGGAUCACCAGUCCGGAAGAGACAACCUACAUUCUGAAGAGAAUCCUCAAGCUCGCUGGAGUAGUGUACGAGCUAGACAACGAAAAGGAAGCAGCAAACAUUUUGCUGGGCAAGACUGCCUCAACAGUUGAUUUUGCGGAACUAGAUAGGCGCACUACAGCUGUGAAAGAGAUGGAUGUUUUCACGGGCGAUUUCAAAAACUGA